CACUUUUCCAACUCUAGUGUCUGUCGGCCCUCGGAUCGUGCCAAACCUUCUUCUGUAUCGUUCCUUCUUCUAGGAAGCAAAAUCAAGGCCCAUGGUUCCCCUCACCUUCCUAUCCAAUGAUUGACCCCUAUUACCGUUUCAAAGCAUUUGAAUGUUUUUAGUCAGUCGGCAGUUCGGACAAUCCCAAGCGUGAAAUAUACGUCAAACCGCCUCAACUUCUGAUAGCCGAAUUGAAAUCGCAAUCAUGAGCAAACCCAUCACUCUCUAUAGCCACGCCACUGGGCCGAACCCUUGGAAAGUUGCGAUUGUGCUCGAGGAACUGAAGAUUCCAUACCAUACGAAGUUCCUUGACUUCUCCGAGCUCAAGAAAGAUCCCUAUGAGCAGAUCUGCAUCAAUGGUCGAGUCCCCGCAAUCGAAGAUCCCAACACCGGUGUAACACUCUGGGAAUCUGGCGCUAUUAUCGAAUAUCUCCAAGAAACUUACGACAAGAAUAACACCCUGGGCUAUGGCUCAUCUCCAGAAAAGUACCUCGUAAAGCAAUGGCUACACUUCCAAAUGAGCGGUCAGGGUCCGUAUUACGGACAAGCUGUUUGGUUUGAGAAGUACCAGCCUAUUGGGGAAGCCAGAGAUAGGUAUAGAGAGCAGGUCAAGCGGGUUCUGUCUGUGCUUGAUAGGCACUUGAAGAGGACUGGAACUGGAUACUUGGUUGGUGAUAAAGUGUAAGUCUCUCACGUCCGCCAUCUCCAUCCCACACACUAUAUUGUAGUGACGUACUUGAUGACUGAUUGGUUGUCAACAUGUAGCACUAUUGCAGAUUUAUCGUUCAUCACUUGGAAUGCGUUGAUGCCGUGGUUCUUUGUUGAUGAUUGGGCGGACGUUGCGGUUGAGAAGAAUUUUCCGAGCUAUCAUGCUUGGAAUCAGAAGUUGCUGGAACGACCUGCUGUGGCGAAGGUCUUUAAGGACAAGGAGGCUGCUGUUGCGAAGGAUUGAAUGAAAUUGUGAUCUUGAGAGAAGGGGCUGUAGUUUGGCAUUAUGUAGGAAUGUGUUCGUUCUAAUAUUAUCAAGCGUAUUCAGAUGGAUUCAAAUG